UGUAGCACCACCUGUACUCUGACUGACAACCCCACCUACAUCUGGUACAGGAACGGACAACGUCUACAUGAGCCUGUUUCCCAACAACACUCUAGUAAUUUGCUGGUGGUCUGGGAUUCUUCUGUGAACAUUUACUCCUGUGCUGUUGAAGGUCAUGAGGACCUCCACUCUCCUGUAGUUUAUAAACCGAAGAACACCUCAGUGUCAGUCAGUCCCUCUGGUGAAAUAGUGGAGGGCAGUUCAGUGACUCUGACCUGCAGCAGUGAUGCCAACCCACCUGUCCAGAGUUACACCUGGUGGUACAAGAAGAAUGGAGGUGAAUAUCAGAGUAUGACAGGACCACAGCAUGUCUUCAAUCAAAUCCAGUCAUCUGACACUGGAGAGUACUACUGUGAGGCCCAGAAUGAGAUGGGGACAGACAGGUCUAGGACCAUAAACAUGGAUGUGAAGUUUGACCCAAAGAACACCUCAGUGUCAGUCAGUCCCUCUGGUGAAAUAGUGGAGGGAAGUUCAGUGACUCUGACCUGCAGCAGUGAUGCCAACCCACCUGUGGACAAAUACACCUGGUACAAGAACAAUGGAGCUUCACUGACAGGAUCUGAAAAGACCUACCAUUUCACGACCAUCAGCUCUGAGGACAGUGGAGAAUACUACUGUGAGGCUGAGAAUAAAAAUGGACGUCUCAACUCUUCUUUUGUGUCUGUGGACAGUGUCCGUCCUGACUGUAACAGUGACACGUACACUGCUCUGAACAUGAGGACCAUGUCCCCUGACUACGACACUCUGAUAAGUGUCCAUCCUGACCCUAGCAGUGACCCCAACAGUGACACGUACACACCUCUGAACAUGAAGACCAGGUCACCAGAGUUACACCCUGGCACGGAUGGCUGGAGUGUGACUUACACCACUCAGAGUAUCUGUGCCUUGAAGUGGUCAACAGUGGAGCUGUCCUGCUCUUACACAUAUACCAGUGGUUACAUCGUCAUAACAACCUUCUGGUUCACUAAAAAUGAUGCUGAGGGGAAUCCUGUGACUCUGAGUGAUGACCCAGACUACACAGGUCAUGUGAUGUACAGUAGCAACAAGACGAAGUGGCACACCCUGACAAUCAGAGAUCUGAGAGAAGCUAUGUAA